UGUCUCUUGGAAGUCCAGCUGCCGUACACCGCGACUUUGAAUCCCACGGUUCAAACACGAGCCCGGGAUAUGCAUACAGAAAAUGGACAGUUCACCUUCUCCACGCCGUCGGCACAGCGGCGAUCAGCCGCCUCGGAGAUACAGAGGUAUCUCUGCUGGGACUUCCAACAGUAAACGGCUGAGCUCACCCAAACCGGAUUUCCGUCCCUUUUACGAAAAUAACUAUAGAAAUAAACUAAAUUUUGAUUCUCCCUACGAAGAAUUACCCAUACCAGAGGAUCCAGCAUCCUGGGAGUCUCAUUACAGCACAGAAUCUUACAACAGUCGAAACGCUUCAUCAGGCACACCACCCCUACCCAGUGGUGGUAAUGUUGCUAGGGAAAAUGUCAGCAGUAGACCUAGCUUUGUUGAAGGGAUUGAAAAUGACGGGAAAAAAGCUGAAGAAGUUGAGGACGCCGGCCUGUCGUGCAUAGUGACUCUUCCAAGCAACAACAAACAAAGCUUGCCUUACACAAAUCUCACAGACUCGAACUCAGUGUGGAAAGUAGGAAAGAGCUACGAUAAAAAGAUUGGUACAACGCAUCUCCAAUCAAUUUAUUCAAUAAAGUAUUCCAUAGGGGAGAUGGGACAAGAAAAGAUUACGCUCUUUUGCCCACAAGGCCCUAUCAAAGACGAUGACGAUUCAGCAGUGGUGCAAGCCAAAUGGCUCCAUGUUCAACGUUCUUCAAGGAGCGUCAAGGUCCUGGAGAAGCUCGUCAUGGAUUGCCCAAUAAUUAAUGGAGAUAUUCGGAGAGUUGCCAUUUUACUACUUGAAGCUGUCGAAAGAUCCUUCCUCCGAGAAGCAGAAAAUGGAGCAUACAUAGAGCCGGGUUCGGUUGUGCGUUUUACUGGCACUCGUCACAUGCCUCACGACUCGAGCAAUUUUGUGGUCACAGAACCUGUCAUUUUUAUUGCGUUCCCAUUUGUGGAGUUGGCGUCAUCGAGAAAUACCCACGGGUCUCGUGAAAGAGAUGAAUACUAUCCUCGAACUCUCCUUCAGAACCUUUACGGAUUUGACGUCGUCACAAGCAGGGGCAAGCAUCAAGUUAUACACAAGAUGUCGGCGGGCAGUCAGCCAAAUGAUACCUUAUAUGUCAAUCAAUUGUGGUGUCUUGUGAUAGGGUCAGAUAUCCUGAUAACCCUUUCAGACCGGCCAACGGACGAUUUGCUGGGUGGAUCAAUUGAGAAACGUACCGACUAUUUCAAGCAACCCUUAAGAAUUGAGGUUAUCGAUACAAAUGGCUCACAGCAUAGCAUGAGUAUAUCGUCAAAGACGCCAUGGGUAGAUCUCUUCCGACAUGUGAUAUUUACCGUUCACGGUAAUCUCAUGAACAUUAUGGACUAUGAGUUAGUGGACGAGGCAGACGAAGUAAUAACGGCAGAAAGAUGGGUUGAAAUCGCAAAAGCAACGAAACUAUCGCUACUUAAAUUUUAUCUCACCGAGCGAAAGACCCCAGCAUCGCGCUCAUCGAGUGUUUCUAGUCGAAUCAGCAAUCGUUCGGGCAUUAGAAGACUUUUAUUACUUGAUUACGCACAUCGCGACCGUCGCCACGGCUCAAAGGCCAGCACAUCACGCCAUUCUGAGGAUAGAUAUGAUGCGGAUUCGUCUUCUGGCGAAAGAAGAGCGGUAUCGAAAAGAACAUCAACGCCAAGACCGCCUAGACAUGGAAGGCCUCCCAUCAACACUCGAUCGUACAGUGAGCCCGCCGAGAUCAAAGAUCAAAGAUCCAGAAUAGAGGCAGAAAUCUACCCAAAAGCCGAGAACAAAAGUCUUCCAACCAUAAUCACGCUUGACAGCAGCGACGAAAAUUAUUCCGAGCCCGAACGGGCAAUUACAUCGAUGCGCGACUCUCAAGAUGUGGGCAAUAAUGCUAGAGAGUCUCGCCAAAACGAUGCCUCUCCGUACAAUACAUUCACACCAGAGAACCAGCAGUCGCCAUCAUCAGGCUAUGUUGGCGAGGACAUCCGCUAUAUGGGACCUCCGUCAAAGCAUGACGAUUCCUCGAUGCACGAGCUACGAGCUAUUGUAAGCGACAUUGAAGAAAAGAAAGAAACUCUCACUCAUCUCGAAGAUCAUUUUUCCUACCUUGGUGAUGACGGCAAAGUCAAGGUAUCCGAAGAAGAGGCCCCAGAUGUACUGUUGCUGAAAGAUACAGUCAGUUCCGCUGAGAAUCCCAACAUUCAAAAAGGAGAUGAUGAGUUACACGAACAUAAAGAGACACCUUCAAGUCAAUUGAAUAGACCAGCAACGGCAUAUCAAAAAGUCCAGAUAGAGGAUGGAUCUGAGUCUUCUGAUGAGGACAAAACCGAUAGACACACAUACGACGAUCCAACUCACGCUACUUUACAGGAUACGACAUCCGAGCUCAAUCUAGAUGAUGAUGACGACUUGAUGCUAAAGAGCCAGAGAGGCCAUUUUUAUCCGUUCAUCUCGCCUGAUUUCGACAACCGGGAAAAUACUUCAGAGAAAGGGUAUUCUCUUAGAGAUAGCGCCAGCUUUCCGCAGAGCGAUUCAUACAAGGGGCUCCGCUCACGAUCCCGUUCUCUCUCAAGCUCCACAGAUCAUUCAUUCUAUUCGCGUGGAAGAACUCGUACGAGGAAAAGACGAGCUUGGAAGCGGGACAGUCCAAAUUUGGUUCACGAUUCUUCUUCGAGACCAGGAGUCCGCUUUCACCCCCAAAUACAAUACUCCGACUACCACGAAAAUGCAGAGAUGUCUCCUUACGGCAGUUCAAAUGUUACCAAAGUGGAAGCGCUACCCGUACAAACAGCUGUGCCAUUCUUUUUCUGGAAACAAAGCAGCGUCGCAAGCACAUUCUCAUCUCACGACAAUGCAGAGCAGACCCUGAUUAAGCUGCUUGAUCAAAUUGAUGAGCGGAUAUCCGACGAUCCUAUUAGCAGGUACUAUUCGAAAAUUCCAGAAUUGACUAUGGAUGAUGUAUUAUCGAGACAGGAGUCGCUUCACGAGCCGGUCUUGGAAAAUGACUUGGGCAUCGGUCAGGGUGAAUCUAUCCAACCGAAUAGUCUGAGUGCACAAGAAACGGUGGAUUUGAGGACAGCCAACAUAUUAGGGCUCCGUUCCCCUGAAGAUCAAACUGAAGUGCUGAAUAAAGAGAGCGAAGACAACAAUGCCGAACCUUUGGAAGCGCUCGGCACAAGGGUGGACAACGAUCCAACAAACGCUGAAGUUCAGAGAAGCGACACUAAGCCCACAUCUCACAAUACAUUCAAUUCAACAAACAGCUCACCAGGUCGACAAUCCAAUGGAGAAACAAAAUUUUACCAAACGCAGGCUCUUGGUCUCAUAAGCCACGACAAAACGCUCGUUAAACAACUGGUUGGCAUGAGCCAGCAGAUUGUAUGGUCAUUCAUACCAAACACGGGCGGGUCCAGGAUACAUACCUUGAUGAAACGACUUUGGGGUUGUGUGGAUAUGAUGUGCCUGCAACUUCUCUGGGAAGAGAGCCAGAGAGGACACGAUUCUGAGUGCACAUACAUCAUACGUAAUUUCUCGAACCAAGUCAAGAAAACGGAGCACAAAAGACGAAAGCCAAUCUCAGGAAAGAUACAUUAUCUGGUUUGUGGAGAUUGCAAGGCCGCAAAACCUUACCAAUCAGCCAAGGAUGCCUUGGAUCAUUUGCACGAAAAACACAUUGACUGCCAGCAUGGUGGUUCCGAGCGGCCGUACGACGACCCUUGCUAUGUAUGGCUGCAUCGCAUUUGGCACGAUGGAUACCCUAUGCGGAGUUCGCGAGAUGGACUCCUGGGGAUCGUGGAGGAUUUUAUCGAGGAGCUUUCUUAUAUCAGCGACUACGUGAGAGAAUUGCACAAUAUGACGGCAAGAGAUUCUUCAGCGAGCGAUACAGUAUCAACGCCUCCUCUAUCCGGGAAUAUUACUCACGCAUUUCAACAAAUUGUCAAAAUGUUCAUCUUUCGCUCAAAACAAUUGUCGCUGGUAAAUCGGCGGCGAGACUUGAUCAGUGGAAGUUCAUUGGAGAAUUUUCCGUUGAUUCAACGCAUUGAUCGGAAGAUUGAAGAGCUUCUGUCCCUAGAAAUGGAUGCAAACGAACGCAUCAUAGAUCUUUUAGAGAGCGCCAAGAAAGACAUUUUCCUAUCUGGCAUCGGAUCUCAUUCGGAGAUACUUGAGGCUGAGAGUGUCCGAGUCCAAUUUCUCGCCUUAGCAUUCAUGUCAGGAAUCCAACGGCCUCUUCUGCAGCCAUCGUUUAUGGGUCGCUCUUAUGCAAAGGAUACUCUUUUGCAGCUGUAUAAAGAGUACACUUCUCGGCUUCAUUUCCAAGCUAAUAACCGGCCUCGGAAACGUGUUUUCUUAGAUAUCCAUGGCCUCGAAGAAGAGCUUCAAGCGUUGGAUAAAUUGGUCGACAGCCAAGAAAGCUGUCUUUAUAACGUUUUGACUGUUAUCGAUCCUCUCACUUCUCGAUACACUACAGAGACGCGACUCCGAGAAUUUCGGGCAGAAGUCCAAUACGGCAAUGUUCAAUUACACCAACUGAUAGAAAGACGGCGAGAAAUUGACAAUUUGGCGACAAGACUCUGGAUUUUGAAGGAUCAAGUGAAGCAAACGAUUGAGAUUAUGGAAGAAGACCAUGGAAAAGCGAUCCGAGUUUUUACUGUCGUUACUCUAUUUUUUCUGCCGUUGUCAUUUGUGUCAAGCUUCUUCGGCAUGAAUACGGUAGACGUGAGGGAUUCAAAUUGGAACCAGCAGAUCUUUUGGAUUACCGGAAUACCAAUGACAGUAGUAGUUUUAUCUCUGGCGUGGAUUUACGGCUACAAAGGUGAAGAGAUCCGUGAUUGGAUGAUUCACAGAAUGCAAGAUCGAGGUCGGCAAUAUUGGCCAUCAACGUAUCACCAUAUGAGCAGUCGGACAUCGCUUGAUAAACGAUGGAAGGAAUGGAAUCCAGCGACAGUGGUGAACCAAAAUAGAACGGAUAGACAAGACUUUAAGACUCUAAUAAGGAGCAAAGUCCAGAAUGUACCCGGCUGGCGGCGCAGCACUAACGAGAAUUUUAAAGGGCUUAAUGGGUCCGACGAGAGAUUUAUGAUGAGAAGACGAAACACGGAAGAUAGUUUGGCACCAAUGAGGUGUUGAUAGAUUCAUGGAUAGUCAAUGGAAGAG